AUGCCUUUGCUCAAGCGAAAAGUUCUGCAGAGAGUCGUCGAAUCGGUGAAUGAUAAUGAUGAAGUGUUUGUAUGCGAGAUAACGGGAGAACUUUUCAGGAACUAUGAUGAUUUCUUUAAUCGCACCAUGCUGUUGUCUUCCACCGUAUGGAGCUGUGCGAUGACUGGGCGCAGCAAUUUGACGUAUAGGGACGCCCUUGAAAGUGAAAGGUCUGCUAAACGUACUCUAAAAACAUUUCCUACCGCGCUGAAAGGCCCGAUAUUGCUCAUCGCUUCAAGUACCAAGCGUACGGCAAUACAAGAUUUGGCCAGUGAUGUCCACGGUUAUGCAAAGGAUGUGUUCUUUAAGGGUGAAACCGUGUACACCAAAACGGGUGAUCCGGAAACGAUACGCAAGGCCAAAAUUGUCCGGGUGGUAAUCAGUGGUUCGCCAAAUGAUCAUAUUCCGUCGCGCCUGAUCUACCACGUCGAGAGCUGUGAUGAGGGAGCUUCAGCAAACUAUUCCGUCCGCGGAGAAGCCAUAAUACGGGAGCGGAAUUCUUUGUCACGGGAAAAAUGUAAACUGUUUCUGAAGCAGCACGUUGAACUGGGAGCAUUUCAGAUGUUGUGCGUGAAGAAGGAAUCCUUGGAACAGUUUGUUACGUCUAAAGGUUGUACCGACGCUAAAGUAUUCUACGGACAGAAGCCGGACUUUAAAGUUUCUAAAAAAUUACAACUACAGGAAAAGUCCUCCCUGGCCGCUCAGAAAACCGCAAAACCCCCAAAGAUUGCGAACCAAAAACGUGCCAAAUUGAUAGACAAGGAGAACAACAAAAAACAACAUAGCAUUGAAAAUUACUUGACUCAAUUGCCUAAUGAUUCUGUUGCAAAAAAGGAAGAAAUCAUAGAAAAAAAGAAAAAACGCCUUGAAGAGCACGCUAAACAGAAGAUUUUGGCAAGGGAACAAAUGCAGAUAGAGAAGGAGCGGCUACUUCCACAGGUUGCGAUCGCGCUGAAAGAAUACAGCGCUAUAAAGGAAGAUUUGGAGCUUACAGACCACCGUGUUAUACCGCCAGCACGAGAGGUGCAAACGUUAAUUGGUGAAGAAUAUUUCCCUGACUUUCUUUUCAUACUAGAAUUUCUGAAUACGUUUGGCGAUUUACUAUCAAUCGAAACUAAAUUUCCAGAUGGUGUUACGAUGGAUCUGCUCCAGCAAGCCCUGAUUCUAAGAGAAUAUGAUGGCCCGCUCAGUGAUAUCCUUCAGGUGUUACUGAGUACAAUAUUUGCUGCCCUUAAGGUUCUGGAAACGUCUGAAGAAGCGAACCUAGAAUCAGGCACCAAAAAUGUGGCCAAUUGGUGCAGCAAACAUUUCUCUACUAAUCUUACGGAUCUACCGAUGGAUUCGACGACCGUUUCCGAAAUAUUGCGGUUACACAUUAGCGCUUAUAGUCAAUCAACCUAUUUUGGUGAUGCUUGUUCUAUCUUGAUCCGUGAUCAUCCAAGCAUAAUGCAAACGUUAGCAACACACAGUGUUUUCCAGUUAUCAACUAAAAGUGUAAUGCAUAUAAUCUGUGCACUUAUACACCAGUUGCUUAUGACUGAUGAAGUACUAAGUCGAGUGGAGAAGGUAGGAGAUGCUCGAAUCAAGUUGAAGAACAACCAUCAGGAACAGAGUCGUUUAACACACAAGACAAAGUCGUUAAAACAGGUUGCGCAGGACAGCAUGAACAAAACGUUAGCGUCAUAUGCGGGCCAGAUGUCGGAUAAUGAGUUAGACGAAUGCCGGAAGAAACUGGAGCAAAAUCUGAAUGACGAAUUGGCAGAAAUCGAAACGAACGCCUGUCGUAAAAUGAAGGUGUUGCAGGAUGAAUUCGAGACUCUCAAUCGAAGUUAUAAUUUAUACCAGGUGCACCUAGGAUCCGAUCGUGGCUUCCGCAAUUAUUGGCAGUUCCAAUCGAUACCAGGUUUAUUUGUGGAGCAUGAUAAAAAGUUCAUUGGAAGUUGCCUGGAACGCGUGACAAUGCAUAUUCCUGCUUUGGCACACUGUGAACUAAAGAAUAGAAAGAAGUAUAUUACCGAGUCGAUUCUACGAUGCGCUGGGAACAGUAAUGGCUUGUUAGAAAAAGAAGGGGAUAUUUAUGAAGAAUUGUUGUUCCGCGGGAUAAAUUUGCUGCAACAGAGCAAUGCACCAAAAAAAGAUGCAUUAUUACUUAACGAAGCAAAUCCUGCAGUAGACAAUAACGUUCCUGCCACACAUCCAACCAACCGUGAGUUAUUCAUGUGUACUGGUAAUGCAGAAAACUGUCCUGUUCAUCUUCCUGUCCAGAUAUCCAACCUUCAUACUAAAUGGGGCUUCUAUGCGACGCGACAAGAGUUGGAUGCGCUCAUCAAAAGCCUCAACCCAAGGGGUCGCCGCGAACAAUCCCUUCGUAAAGCGUUACUUUUACACCGUGAAAGCAUAGAAUCAAGGAUUGAGCGGUGCCCGAUAGAAAAAUUGUCCAUCCAAACUGACGAUCGUACAAAGAUGCAGGCCAGCACGUUUGAACCGCAACACAAGAAUCCAGAACCGGUUAUGCCACAAAGUGAGUUGCUCGAAACAAUGUUCCGAGAGAGUUUGCUCGAACUAGAAGGACGAAUUACUGCCGGAUGUUUGGGUGAGCUGAAGGUUAACAGUAUUGAAAAAUGGCGUAAGGCGAUAUUGAAUCGUUCGUACGAUUCGCAAAUCAAUGAAAAACUAGUGUGGGGUCAGAGCCGUCAGAACCAGAAGUCUUACGUAAAGAAACCAAAUGAAGAAUCAUCUAGUGAGGAAUCUGAGGAGGACUUGAACGAUAUGUUCGAAUUGUGUAAAACAGAUCAAAGUUAUGGUUUACCGGAAACUACUAAUAUUGAUGUAUCUACACAGAAUCAAGAUGCAUCAAAUGGUUCGCUGCAAAAUACAGUUCGUUCGAUGGCUUCAGCGUUGCUUCAAAUCGAGCAAAGCAUUGAUAUAAAGUUUUUCAGGCAUCCGUUUGGACCAAAAGGAAUUUGCAAGGACCCAAACAGGAUCCUACUCUUUCAAUUUGUAGGUCAGAAAAAGUUGCUCCGUUGGGAAGCUGGACUAAUGCGUGCCACUUCGUUCUCGCAGCUCUUUUUACAUUAUCACGUACUUUACGAUGGAAUACGAUGGUCCAGAUCUAUAGAGAGAGCAGUCUGCAUGGUUUGUAGAUUAAAAGGUAACGCCAGCGUAUCGCUUUUGUGCGACGAGUGUAAUCGGGUCUGUCACAUGUAUUGCCUUAAGCCGAAACUUAAGAAAAUUCCGGAGGGCGAUUGGUUUUGUAUGUUAUGCAGACCAAAGGAUCACGAAUCGAAGUACAGAGUAACGGGCCGAAUGCGAACAGCCGAAAUAAUCGAUUACAACGAAUCGAACACAAGUGAUCAGGAUUCGGAGAACACGGAUGAUAGUGAUGAUGAUGGAAGUAAAUCAAUCGACGAAGGAUCAGAAUCGGGAGUCGUCGUCAAACGUCGUCGAACGGCCUCGUCCUUGACAUCGUCAAGUGAGAAAGAAUAUGAAAGCGAUAAAGAUGAAGAAGAUGAUAUAUCAAUCAAAGAUCCUGAAGAAACAAAACUUAAAAUUGUAAUACACAAAAAGGCCGAAACAAAGAAGGAAAAUUCUUGGCGGAGUGCUACCCGUAAAGCUAACCAGGGAACAGGGACUGUACACGCCAAACGUGUCCAUCAGAUAGAAUCCAAGAAGGCAGAACGAACCAACAAAAGUACGCCACGGGAAAAUCUUAACCGUUCAAACGCUGGAAGACGGUCUCUGGACGCAAAAAAGAAGAAAGUAAAUACUUCGCACACCUCAAGUCGAACAGCUCGCAACCCGGAAAUAAGAACAGUAAAAAACCAAUCGCUACAACGACGUGCUCACCCCAAGCGUGCCCGGGAAACAGAAUCCAAGAAAGAUGAACAUGCCAAAAAAAGUAAACUUUCGGAAAACAUUAAUAGCCCCACCACUGGACGGCGGUCGCUGCGACUUUCGACGAAGGAAUCGUAA